CGAGGAUCGGAAUGGACGGUCACGUGUGGACCGCCGGCCAGACCGCGCCAAGCUUUUUUCCCUCCUGAUCGACGGCGCCAGACCGUUUUCGGUGAGUAGCUCACCGCCUGAGGAUUCUGCCCGGUUUUCUCCCCUUCACCGCCCAGAACCCCGCCCAGCGUACGGUUACUACGUAGUACCUACUGUAGGGCCUAGACUAUCACCUCUGCUGAAACACUUCAUCUCAGCAUCGGGCUCUUUCACAAGGAAAUAUCCUACAGACUUGCUGUUUCAUCGAGAUGUCUCCCGAUCUGAACUCACUGCCCCCCUCUCGUCCGUCGCCGCCCUCUGCCGGGCUACAGUCGUCCCCGCGUCGUCGGUCGACCGCUGGGAUGCAUUUGAACCUGAACAGUGACAGCCAGAUUCCUGCGGUGGGGGAUCUGUCCUUAUCGGAACAUCGCUCUUCUAUUAGCCAGGCCUUGCGUACCGCCAGCCCGGCGAGUAUCAGUGGCAGCCCGAUCAUCGCGACAGGGGACCCGCACCAUCAACGCACGCCCUCGCUCGGCGAAAUCCACCAAGAGCUAGAGCAGGAGCAAGAAGCUCAAGUGAACCGUCUUUUGCAGAUGAUCCGGACUCAGCAGGCCCAACUACAACAGCUCCAGCAGCAGCAGCAGCAGCAGCAACAGCCCUCUUCUCAGCCGUCAUCAAGUAGCGCUGUGCUAGACGACACCACCCCAGCCGAGCGCACUGUGCCAUUUCCCUCAAUUCCACCGCUUCCAUCUGCUGGAUCUUCCCGGGUCUCCACUCAGCUCCAUCCCCGGGGCUCUCGCGCUUCAAGUUUAGCAACUUCGCCGAGUCUGCGGCCGGUGGUCUCAUUGCCUCCCGCAGCGGGAGGGGACAUUCUCGAUACUGGGGCUACCAGUGGUGCCAACACCCAUGAUCACACCCGUCGCAGCAGCAGGGAUGAGAGUGCUUUCUAUCAAGCGGAGGCAGCCAUGCUGACGCGGGAGAACCAAAUGCUGCGGCAACGGAUUCGGGAGUUAGAACGACAAAUCAGAGACUUGACCUCGCAGACAGCCAGUGAUGAAAGUGCACCCGAGUCUCACGACAAGACAGAGGGAAACAUGUAAGCCGAAAACAUUUAGUGCAAGACACAAGGCAAGGCGUCCGCGGGUUCAGUAUUAUGUCUACUGUUGGAGAAAGUCCGUCCUUGAACAAUUCUUGAAAAGGCACCAG